UAAUUUAAAAAUUACGUUUUUCAUUUUAAUAAUAAAAUUAAUAAUUUUGUAAUGAUAAUAAUAAUCAUCAUAUUUCAUAUAAAAAGCUUUUCCUUGAAACCUAAGAAUAAAAAUUUUAUGUAAUCAUAGAAAAACGUAAUACGAUACAUGUGAGAAAUCAAAUCCAUAUAUUUUCCGGUUGAUCGACAAGUUCAGUGAGUGAUCAUUCAUUGAAAACAAAAUAGAGUUUAGUAUAAGAGAUUAAUUUAAUGAAUAAACAUUCAGAAAUUUUUCUAUAAGAAAUAUUUAUAAUUAAUGUUUUAUAGAAUAAUAUUUUAAUAUACUAACAAAAUUAUAAUACGAUUCAGUGGAAUGAUAACACUACAAAUAUCAGUAAUUUAAUGAUUUAGAUCUAGCUGUGCCCUAUGAUGGGGAGGAAAUUAAAUUACAUCAUCACGUGCAUUCAUUCUGUUUUCAAUUUUUCAUAGAAUUGAUUUUAUUUACUACUCAAUGUGUAAUGGGAGUGUAAUAGCUACUGUACGCAUGAAUUGUCGAUACUGUAGUCUUCUGUGCACAAUUGUGGACUACUGUCAAAAGUGUCAUUUACAAAAUGGAAUCUUGAUAUCGCGCGAAAUAAUUAAAACAAUUCAUAACCAAGGAUGAAUGACAAGUCAUUCUCUAGGAUUAUUUGAGGUUAGAUUGGAGCUUUCAGUAAAAUAAUUGUAUUCAAAAAAAUUUUAAUCAUUGAAUAGCUAAUGAGAGUGUUGAAAUAGAAAUGAUUUUCACUGAUAAAUAUAAUAAGAAGAGAUUAUACUGCUUCUGUGAAUUACUGAUAAAAAAUAAAUCGAAUUAUCAAGAUAUUACAUGAAAUUUUGAAUAAUAAAUCAUGAAAUAAACAACAAUUUCAUUGAUUUUCAAGUAAACAAUUAAACAAAUACCGUUAUGGAAGAUUAUACUCCAGUAGAUGAAGACUUUCCUGGUCGUUUACUACAUCAAGCUGCACUGUGGGAUAAUGCAGAACUUUUAGAAGAUCUUUUAAGAGGUGAGCAUGCUCAAUAUAUCAAUAGUCAAGAUUCCUGGGGCCGAGCACCUUUACAUGCAGCUGCAAUAACUGAGAAUUCAAGGUGCUUAGGAGUCUUAUUAGCAACAGGAGCUAAUGCUAACAUACAAUGUGGUCCUCGAGGUCAACACAGAACACCUCUUCACGUUUGUACUGAUCAUGGACAUAGUGGAAAUAUUCAAAAAAUGUUGGAAUUUAACGUAGAUUUAAAAAUCAGUGAUGAUAAUGGAUUAACUCCGUUAGACAUUGCCAAAAAAAAUGAUGAUAGUGAAUGUGUAAAUUUAUUACAAAAAGCAGCUGAAAAAUAUGAAUUAGCAAAGCUAGCAACUCAUGCAUCUUUAAGAGCUGCUUGCAUGCAAGGUGAUACUGUGGCAGCUAGAAAUAUUAUUCAAACUACUUUAGAUCAUUUAGAGUAUAUUAUUAAUAUGGCUCCAAACGGUGCUAAUACUCUUUUAUUUAUUGCUUGUGAAAUGGGCCAUAAGGAUAUUGUAAGGCUACUAUUAGAUCAUGGCGCUGAUUGUCGAAGUCAUCCUGUUACUAAAUACUGUCCUUUAUACAUUGCUUGUUAUAAUGGAAAACUAGAAAUUGUUGAUCUAUUACUUCGUCAUUUUCCUAAACAAGUUCAAUCAUUAACAGUGGAACGAUGGUUGCCAAUACAUGCUGCGGCUAUUAAUGGUCAUUCUGCUAUUGUAGAUUUCUUGCUCAAAUUUGAAUAUCCUUCACAUCUUAAUCAACGUUUCAAAGAUCCGUCCGGUGAGUUAGAAUAUGAACUACCUUUCGACAUUAAUACUCAGGAUGUAACGGGCCAAAAUGUUUUAUACAUUGUGAGUAUGCUUGGUAAUAUAAAAAUAGUAGAAUCCUUGUUGAAUUAUCGAGUGAAAUCAAGAAAAAUAAAAAAUGAAGAGGUUGGAACUAAUCAACCAGUAGCCGUGUCCAAGCGUAGAAUUUCAAGUGGGAUUCAAAAACUCAUGUCAAGUCUCAAUUUUCGUAGUAAAGCUGGUGAUAAAAAAGAUGAAAAUACAAUAUGUCCAUUAAAUUUAGAUAUUUAUUGUAAUAAUAAUACAGAGACAGCACUUCAUGCUGCUGUUAAAGCAGGCCACACUGACGUUGUUGCUAUAUUACUUCAAGCUGGAGCUAAUCCUAAUUUACCUAUCAAAGUGAUUGAUAAUUCUGAUGGUGAAGGAAGCACUUCUACCGUUUUAACAAUAGCUUCUUAUAAUCGAGAUAUUAAGAUAGCUGAUUUAUUACUUAAACAUGGUGCAAUUGAUAAUGAAUGUAGGGCAUUAAAAAUUGCUGCUCAAAAUCGUGAUGAAGUUUUAACAGCUAAAUUGCUUUCAAUCAAAGCUCAUCCUGAUCCUGAAUAUAAAAUAAAUAAAAAAGCAAUGACAGAAGGUACACAAACAUCACAUUUUUCUGCACUAUCUAGUUUUGGAAAUGUUACUUAUCCUUCUUUAUUUCCUAACACUCCAACGAUGAUCAAUUGGCAUAAUCAACAAUGCCGAUUGUCUCAAAUACGUGGUCAAUGGCUUAUUGAUGCUGUACUCCAUGUAAAUAAAAAACUUAGCGUGAAAAAUAAUGAUCUUGCACUCUAUGCUAUUACAAGGAUAGAUAUUUCUCAUAAUUCAAUAACAACUAUUCCUUCAAUGGUUUUUUAUCUUCAAAGUUUAAAAUACCUUAAUAUGGCACAGAAUAAAAUAGAUACUCUUACAGCUGAACCAAGCAGUCCACGAGACAAAUUAUGUCCUGUUCUGGAAGAAAUUUAUUUACAAGACAAUCGUUUAGAACAGCUGCCCAAUUUUUUGAUGAAUCUACCAGCAUUGGAAAUCAUGGAUGUGUCUAAUAACAAAUUACAAUGUCUACCGGAUAAUCUUUGGCAUGCUCCUAAAUUAAAAGAAUUGAAUGCUUCAUUUAAUCUUUUAAAAGAUUUGCCUAGUCAAGUAUCACAGAACAUUUCAAGAAAAUUACAAAGAGAUGAUGUUCUCAGUAGUAGUCCAAGUAGUCGAAGUAUAACUUCACAAAUUGGUAUCCCUCAUGAUGAUUCAGUUGAAUUUGAUUCUUUCAUAAAAUUGGCCAAUGCUCAGGUCAUUGAAUUGGAAAGACCGCACGUUUGGACAGAAUCUGUUCAAGUGACUGAGAAAAUAUCCGAUGAUACGGAACCAGGAACCCGUUCUGUAUUGACUUCACUCAACUUAGCACACAAUUUAUUCACAAGUAUACCUGUAGCUUUACCUUGCCUAGCUGUAAAUCUUGUCCGACUUAAUAUGGCUUACAAUUCUCUACGUUCAAUGAGUCAUAUAACUUCAUACCCAACUAGUUUGAAACAGCUUGAUCUAUCAAAUAAUCAAAUUUCUUGCUGGCCUAGUUUACCACAAGUGGACGGCGCCGAUGUAAUGGAACAAGCUACAACAGCUUGUUAUUCUCCUGCCACUAAUAUUCAGUCUUCUAUGGUACCCAACAAUAGACAGACUGCUACUUCAUUGAGAGAUGUUGUUCUUAUGUCGGUCUGCACUCAUCGAAGACAUUUGAGGCUUGAAAAUUUACGAACUUUAGUAUUAGCAAAUAAUUUACUCACUCGAAUUCAACUUACUUCAGUUGAUGAUGGUGAAUCUUCGAGUUUUGAAGAAGAAAAUAUUGAUAGAGAUACCAAAAUUACUUAUUCUGGCUCCAAACUUUAUCUUCUUUUUCCUAAUGUCAGUAUGUUAGACGUUAGUAAUAACCAAUUGAAAGAAAUUCCACAAAAUAUUUAUGAGUUAAGUAAUUUGUCAGUAUUAAAUAUCAGUGGAAAUAGCGAGAUUAUCGAGCUACCUCCACAAAUGGGUCUUUUAUCACGAUUAUGGAAUUUAAACACACAAGGUUGUAAACUACAAGAACCACUUAAAUCAAUGAUUGAAUCAAAAAAAUAUAAAACUAUGGAUGUCGUUGGUUAUUUAAAAUCAGUAUUAGAAGAUGCAAAACCUUAUGCAAGAAUGAAACUCAUGAUUGUUGGCAUUCAAGGUAUUGGAAAGACGAGUUUACUUGAACAACUUCGACAGGAGGGUGAAGUACCAAAUAAAAAGAAAGCCUCUGAACAUUGGGCCAAACGAAUGGGCAAUAAAAAUAUUAAUACUAAGACUGCUAGAGGUACGACCAUUUCAACAGUUGGAGUAGACAUUGGUGAUUGGAUUUAUGAAAAAAAAGUGCGUGGUCAAUCAUCGCAUGGACCUGUUUACUUUAGAACAUGGGACUUUGGUGGACAAAAGGAAUAUUAUGCAACACACCAGUACUUUCUCUCUAAACGAAGUUUAUAUAUUGUUGUAUGGAGAAUAACUGACGGCUUUAAAGGAGUAAGUGAAAUUUUUCAAUGGCUUGUAAACAUUCAGAGUCGAGCUCCCAAUUCACCAGUAAUUAUUGUUGGGACUCAUUACGACAUUUCUUAUGAACAAAGUGAAGCUCUUCAGCAAUACAUUCGUGAAAAAUUCAUUAAUGUCGUUGAUGCUGAAAAAUGUGGACUUCCUAAAGUAAUGGAGACUAUAGAAAUCAGUUGUAAAACAAAACAUAAUAUUAAAAUGCUUUGUAAUCUCAUUUAUGACGUAGUAUUUAGUUUAAGGUCACCAGGAAGUAAAGAGUUAUUAUUAGAACAACGUGUACCAGCUAGUUAUUUAGCUUUAGAGGACGUUGUGGUUCAAUUAGCUCAUGAUAGAAAAUUGUCAGGUGCUGAUCCAGUUCUUAAAGCUGAUCAGUACUAUGCAGCCGUUAAUAAUGAGCUUCAAAAACUUCACAGAUCAUUCCGUGAUCCUGCAGAAUUACAUCAAGCUACCCUAUUUCUUCAUGAAAAUGGAAUAAUCCUUCAUUAUGAUGAUGCAACGUUGCGGGAUUUAUACUUUUUAGAUCCUCAAUGGCUUUGUGAUAUGCUAGCUCAUGUAGUGACAAUUCGAGAAAUAAAUCCUUUUGCAAGAUGCGGAAUUAUGAAAUUAGAUGAUAUUCAACAUGUUUUUAAAUCAUCUACAAUUUCUUCAACUGAUACACAAGGUUACAUUGUUAGUUUACUCAAUAAAUUUGAAGUAGCUCUUACUUGGGAUUAUCGAACACUUUUGAUACCUUCUUUGCUACCAACUGAAGAAGAUAUUUUACGUAAUAAUCUAUUAGUUAAAAUUCCUGUUAAAAAUCGAGGGUGGCAUAUUAGAUCUAAAAAAAUAACUUCUCCUAUUCAAUCACCUUCUGUUGCAGGUGAUAAAGGAAAACUACAAUAUCCUUUAACAUCAAGACCUCAACCUGAUUGUUCAGUAACAAGAUUAUUACUUAUGUCUUAUUUUCCAAGUGGAUUUUGGUCACGAUUAAUAACAAGGAUUCUGGCAGACGAUACAAUUGUUGAAAUUGUCAUGUCAUUUUUAACUCCCUUUAAAGAUAUUGUUGAUGAUAAUAUUUUUGCUAAUCUUAUGGAAACUAAUGCUGAAUGGGUACUAUGGCAAACAGGACUUGAACUUCGUUAUGCUGGAAUAACAUUAUUGAGAUUAAAAGAAAUCAAUUAUAAUUUAAAAAAUACACCUUACGAUUAUAGACAGUUUAAAUUCAAAUUGAAACAAGAUGGAAUAUGGUGUACAGUUGAUUUAAAAAAUUCAGCAAUACUUGAAAUAUGGUUUCCAAUUGAUACAUUAGUUGUUAAACAGCCAAUCAUGUCAGAUACUUCAGAUGAUCCAAUUGGUUAUCAAGCAAUAGUCGUCGAACCUCGACCAGAAAGUAUGCCUCAACUAUUAGCUCUUAUUGUCGAUCAUAUUGAUAUUUUAUUGGAGGAUUGGUAUCCAACAUUAGGAACUCGAUUUGUUCAUACUUCAGAAGGAAAAUUACUUGUAACUCGUUUAAUCCCAUGUCCACGUUGUCUUUUAAAUAACGGAGAUUUCGAAGGUGAAACAAGUGAUCAAGAGCAUCAUUCAGAAGAUGACCCUAAAUAUUAUAUGAAUCAUGAGAGACAAAGUCAAGAUAGCUAUAAAUCUGAUGGUGACAGUGGUGUUGGGUAUGAUAGUUCAACAUCAAGCAGAAUGCCAUCUCUCGAAGGUCAUCCUGAUGUAAUACGACAAUUUUCGAAACCUGAAGGAAUUUUAGCUUACUCUUGGAUGGUAGAAGAGUGUAUUUUAUCAGCUUAUAGCAACAAGACAAUUGCAUGUCCAAAACAUAUGGAUAUUCCUCUCUCACAUGUCGCACCUGAUAUUAUAUUUAUGGAUUUAGGAUCAAAACAUCUUAUCAAGUCAGAGGAUAUUAAAAGAGGCAGAAUGUUAGGUCGUGGAGCUUUUGGUUUUGUUUUCAAAGGAGUUUGUAAAGCACCAGGAAAUACAACUAAAAUAGAUGUGGCAAUGAAAAUGUUACAACCAGUACCACCAGGACCAAAUUCGAAACCAUCAGCAGUUUUAGCAUACAAAGCAGCUCAGAGUAAAUGGGAUCGUGAUCCUCUUCAGUAUGCUUGCAAAGCGUAUUGCACAGCAAGACAGGAAUUAAAUAUUUUAUUAACUUUGAGGCAUGCCAAUAUUGUACCUCUAAUUGGAAUUGUUAUAAGUCCAUUAGCACUUGUAUUAGAUUUAGCACCUGAAGGAGCAUUAGAUAAUGUUCUAAAGAAUUAUCGACGUUCUGGAGCUAAAUUAGAUCCUUACACUCUUCAAGCAAUUAUUCUUCAAGUUGCAAAAGCAGUAGAAUAUCUCCAUCAACAGCAUGUUAUUUAUAGAGACUUAAAGUCAGAAAAUGUUUUAGUAUGGCAAAUGCCAGCGCCUUUCAGCGAUUAUCCUGACAAUGUUCAUGUUAAAGUAGCGGACUAUGGAAUAUCUAGGCUAACUCUACCUUCUGGAGCAAAAGGAUUUGGAGGGACUGAGGGAUUUAUGGCGCCAGAAAUAAUAAAAUAUAACGGCGAAGAAGAAUAUACUGAAAAGGUUGAUUCUUUUUCAUUUGGAAUGUUUAUCUAUGAACUUGUUACCUUGCGACAGCCAUUUGAAGGCCAUGAAGCUGUGAAAGAGUGUAUUUUGGAAGGAGGCAGACCACCACUGACUUAUCGUGAAACUCUUUAUCCAUGUUAUUUGUUAGAUUUAAUGGUGAUUUGUUGGGCACAAAAUCCAAAAGAUCGUCCAACUGCUAGCCAAAUAGUUUCUAUUGCUUCUGCUCCGGAAUUCACACAUUUGAUUGAUGUUACUCUUCUUACUGAAAGAACUCAUGUUACAGCUAUUACUGCAACAUCACGGUCUUUAGAAGAUAAUGUGAAUGGUGAUGAGAUAUGGCUGGGACAUAAUAACGGCGAGGUGGACAUGCUAUUAGGAACAGAAAAGGGCUGGUUGCAACAUGUAAGAAUAGAGACACCCGUUAUUCCUUACGCGAUGUGUGGCGUUGAUGGCUAUAUCUGGAUAGGAGACAAUGCAGGACAAAUACAUGUUUAUCUAGGUAGUAAUUUUGGUUGUGUGGGGAGUUAUAAUCUAGAGUCAGACCAUUAUCGAGAGUCUAAAGUUGUUAGUUUGAUGCAUCUUGAACAGCUAAAACAAUUUAUUGUUGCUUUACAUAGUGGAAAACUGUAUCUCUUAUCAAACAAUUUUACGCAAAUGAAAAAAACUGAAAUAGAAACUAAAAUUCGAGAUCAUGUUAGAACUUAUUCUUUGGCAGUUGUUUAUCGAAGAAGACGAAUUAUUGAAUUAUGGACUGGUCAAAGUUUUGGAAAAGUAACAAUUUAUGUUUUGAAAGAUGGUAAUUUAGUUGAUACUUGCGAGUUAAUUCAUCUUACAAAUGAAACAGCUAGUAAAAAUUUAUUUGCAACGUAUUUAUUGAGUGCUGAAAGUUCAGUACUUUCAUAUACUUAUCCAGGUUGUAUUGUUUAUCAAUGGGAUGUAGAAACUCGGCAAAUAAUAAAUAAACUAGACAUGUCAAAGCUCGUACCAUGUUCAGAAAGUCUUAAAUCAAUUUCUAUUGAAGAAAACUUGACUACAGACAGAUGCCAAGUCACUGCAUUAGAAGUGUGCAUGAAUCAGCUAUAUAUUGGAACAACAUGGGGAUGUAUAGCAGUAGCAGAAUGCAAUUCAUUACGACCAAUUACAGUUUUUAGGCCAUUUGAGGGUAAAGUGUGCCAAAUUAUUGCUCUCAAAUCGACAGACAAAAAGAAAUUAGCACUCGCAACUGUUGGUCAAGGAUAUAGAAGCUUAAUUUCAAGAUAUACUGAUUAUCCACUAGAUUGUUUAGUGGCAGAGGAUUUAAAACAUAAUAUGUAUACUUUACUUUGGCGAUCGGAACAUUGGUCAGCUGCUUAAUCACUUUAUGAAACUCUUAGUCAUAAUUUCAAUAGAUAAAUCAUUUUAUCUAUAUUGAUAUUUAAUAAUUGGUAACAAAAAUAUAUUAAUCAGUGAUUGUGAAUCUAUACCAGGAGUGCUUUAAGGUGCAAUUAACGCUACAUUACAUUAAAUUUUUAUUUUAAAAAUAAAACAAAAAUUAUCUACUUGUUUUUAUCAUUUAGAGAAACAAACAAUACUUCAAUUACGUUUAAAAACACGAAUAUGAUGAUGAUAAAAAUUAAUCUCUUGAAAAGAAAAAUAUUUUUUGCAAUGUGUUAUUUAAAUACAAUAGCUAUUAUCAAAAUUAUCAUUUAAAAUAUUUUUGAUGAUGAAAAAAUCUCUGACUAAAUUUUUGUUUUCUUGUUGAUAAUAACAAACUCGCCAAUGUAGUAUGAAUGAACAUUUUUAUAUCUUAUAUUAAACGUCCAAGCUGAUAAAUUUAAUGCAAUUUAUUCCGGUAUUUAUCAAUCAAAUAUUUGUAAUUGUAUUGUUAUAACUAUUCGUAAAGUCAUUUAUCAUGAAUUAGAUGAAUAAAAGUCACUGAAUGAUCUCGCUCUAAAAUUCGGGUAUUUUCCGUAAACUUAGAAAUUAAUUACGUGAUAAAGUAAAUGUAAUGAAAUAAGAAUAAUUGAAUUUUAUUACAAAAUAAUCUUCCAUUACUGAGUAUAAUUAAUUGAUCAAAUAACUAGUGUAAUAAAUUUAAUCCUAUAGUACAACAAAAACCCAAGGCCACUAUGAUGAAUAUUAGAAUUAAGAAAUCACUUGCGUCCUAUUGAAAAAAAUUCAUGUAAUUUCGAACUUUACAUGUGAUAUGUUUUUAUUAAGUUAUUUUGCAAAUUCAUUCGUUCAUUGAUAAUGAAUAGAACUGUUUUAACUCUAUGGCUCGAAAAAUAAUUUUUAUAUUUUUUUCACUCCUCUACACUCAGUAUGUUAAUAAUUUCCACCAUUUUUUGGGAAAUAAGUAAUUAGUUAAUACGUAAAAUACAUUUUAUAUUAUGAGUUUAUUUAGUCAUUUUAUUAUUUUAAAAAUAAUUCUUUGUCUUAUCAU